AUGUACAGACCACCAAAUGUUAAGGCCUUAGCUUCAGAUUACAUAAAUAUCUUUAAACAAAUAAAGUACGAAUGUAUCAUAGGAGGGGAUCUCAAUGCCCAUCAUGGUAUGUGGGGUUCUCCAGUAAGCUCUACUGAAGAGACAUACAUCACCGUUGCUGAAAAUCCUCCCAUCAUGAAGCAAUUACUCCACGAUCUACUACAAAAAUUUGUGACUCCUUGUAGAAUCUACACAGACGGAUCCAAAUCUGAGCAAGGCGUAGGGUGUGCUGUAUUUAUAGAAGACGAGAAAGUGUCUCUAAAGUAUAAACUGGAUCCCAUCUGCUCUAUAUUCACCGCUGAGCUAGCAGCCAUAGAUCUGGCUCUUGAGUGGGUAGUCUGCAAUCGUCCGUCAUACCAAAAAUUCAUUAUUAUGUCAGACUCACAAUCAGCUAUACGCGCAUUACAAAAUGCGCCUUUUCACAUAUACCACAACAAAACCAUCGUCUCAAUACUGGAGAAGGAGUCUCAAUUAAGACAACUAAGGAAAUCGGUGGCAUUUAUAUGGAUAAAAGGUCAUGCAAGAAUUGAGGGGAAUGAAAUGGCAGAUCGACUGGCUAAGGUAGCCGCCUCGUCCGGAGAAGAAAAACAAUACGUAACUAAAACUGACAUAGCCUCGUCGAGGAAGCUUAAUAUGAAAAAGAGCUGGCAAAUGGAAUGGACUAAUUUCUGUACCAACAAUAAUAACCAAUACUGCAAAAUUUAUCCAAACCUCCCUGACUCCCCAAUAGAGUUCAGAAGCCACGUCAAUAGGAGAGUACACUCAAUGUACUUCAGAUGUUUGGUCGGACAUGCUACAGUAAAAGCUUACCUGCACCGCUUUGGUCUCGAAGAAUCGGAUACAUGUAGCUGUGAUGGGAAUAGGGAUGAUAUCAAUCAUUGGUUGUUCCAAUGCAAAUUCAACUCAACCGCUUCAGUUUAUAUGAUGAGUGAGCUGGCUACACUUGGUGUUCCAUUUCCUCAAAGUCAAACCUCCCUUCUGUACCUUGCUUCUGGAGCAACAUUUACUGAUAUGCACUACUACUAUAGAAUCGGAAUAAGCACAAUAAGUAAAACUGUUCGUUUGGUAUGCAACUCUUUAUGGAACUUAUUAAAAGACGAAUUUCUCCCGCAGCCUACGGAGGAAACAUGGCAACGUAUAGCAGAUAACUUCAAAAAAUCCGCACAGUUCCCCAAUUGCUUAGGCGCUAUCGACGGAAAACACAUACGAGUUAACAGAUUUCCCCAUAGUGGUUCAAUGAACCUUAACUACAAGGGUUAUUUUUCCAUUAUUCUUAUGGCCGUGGUUGAUUCUGAUUAUAAAUUCAAAUAUGUAGAUAUAGGAGCUUAUGGUAAAGACUGCGACUCAUCUGUAUUUCAACAAACAGUAUUUUUUAAAUUAAUGAUGGAAAACAAGUUACAUAUCCCACCACCCUGUCCAUUAGAAGCAACUGGAAAAGAUACUUUUCCUUAUGUGUUUGUAGGGGACGAAGCAUUUGGGCUAUCAGAAAACCUAAUGCGACCUUACGCUGGACAUAAUCUUACCGAGAAAAAAAGAAUAUUCAAUUACCGAUUAACUCGGGCAAGAAGGUACGUUGAAUGUGCUUUCGGUAUACUUUCCAAUAAGUGGAGAAUUCUACACAGAGCAUUAAACGUAUCAAAACAAUUAUCUAAAGACAUUGUUAAAGCACGUGUAGUUUUACAUAAUGUGGUGCGAAUAAGGGAUGCCGACAAUUUAGAAAUGUAUGUAAGCCAGCAAAAGCUACCAAAUGUGCAAAUAGCUCCUUGUACUAGGCCAACAAAAAAUGCAAAUUAUUUGAGAGAUUGUCUCGCAGAUUAUUUUGUAACUACUGAAGGGAUGUUGCCGUGGCAAAUGGACAAAAUAUAA